AUGAUUACCGGUGAGUUGGUAAAAAUCGCGCAGUGUUAUCCACCCUGCUACAAUGACUGGUUGGUUCAAAUCUUGGUUGUACACAAUGUUAUGAUAAUUUUCGUCUUUGUCAACCAAAUGCCAUAUACUGUCGAGUACGUCCUUCCACUUGACAGCAUAUACCUUACCAACUUCACCGAAAAUCUACAUAAAUUUUCAAGACUCAACAUGAGCAAACGCAGUAGUAUGAGUAGCAUCUUCGGGCAAGAAUCCUGA